UAUUUUAAUUAUUCCGAAAAUAACAAUGUGGACGUUAAUGAUGUCCGUGAUGAUUUGGUUCAGUGAUAUGGAAGUUAUUUUCUGCAAAUGUCUGUUUCUAGGGUUGUCCUGAAGCAGCAAGCCUUGUAGCUAGCUAGCUAGCGUUAGGUAUCGUAAGUAACGUUAGUGAGUUAGUUAGUUCCUGAGUCAGUGGUCAUUGCAUAAUUUGGUUUUGACACAACUAGUCUAGUAUUCCUAUCAACCCAUCGGUCUUUUACAUAUCUAGCUAGCAGUUUAGCGUUACCAGCUUGAUCUUUUCUGUACAGCCCUUUAGACUUAUGGCUAGAUAUAUAAGCUAAGGGUGUAUUGCGCUUUCUUAUUUCAGUGUGAAGAAGCGCAAUAAAGUAAAAGAAUGCCCUUUUUACACGGCUUCAGACGAAUAGUUUACGAAUACCAACCUCUUGUGGAUGCAGUGAUGUGCGUUAUAGGGCCGAAAGAAGAAGAAGAAUCUAACCCCACCAGGUUGGAGAGUGAUGAAAAUGUGUGUAAAUCUCUGAUGGAGCUACUUGAAAAAGAGUCACAGUCACUGGUAUUUACAGAAGGAAUUAGCUACUCUCUUUUUAAAGUGGCAGAACUUGGGAGAGUGAGUCCUGCCAAAGUGCUCUUACGUUAUGGAGCUGACGUAAACUUUGAAGAUCCAGUGUCUUACUACACCCCCCUGCACAUUGCAGUGCUAAGGAAUAAACCACACAUGGUACAAAUGCUGGUUGGUCAUGGGGCAAAAAUUGACAAAAGAGAUAGGGUUCAUGAGAGUAGUCCUCUGGACCUUGCUAGCGAGGAAGCAGACAGACUCUCUUGCCUCUGCAUGCUUUUGGAUCUUGGAGCUGAUGUUAAUGCCAAAGACAAGAAUGGCAAGACUGCCUUGCUCCAUGCUUUGGCUUGCAGUGAUGGCUUGACAGUCAAUAAUACAGAGAACAUUCAGCUACUGCUGGAGAGAGGUGCUGAUGUACAUGCCACCACUCAUGAUGGUGAGAACCCCUUAUCCUCACUCAUCUUUCUAGUAAAAGAGGCCCUAGAUAGUAGUGUGGAAGAUGCAACAGUAGUUGGACACUUCUGCAUCAGAGUUGCCAACCUUCUUCUUGACCAUGGUGCCGACCCUAGCUGUUGUUUGAACACCAAUGAUGGAGAGGAAUGGGAACCUUCUCUAACCUACACUAGCUUGGAGCACUUUGACUUGCUUUUCCCUUUAGCUGUGGUUCUCCUUCAGCGAGGUUCUUCAUUUUUCUGUUCUUGCCACAGCAUGUCAUGCUGGACAGGUUACAACCUGAUUUUCACUAGGCUAAAAGAAGCCCUCCAUGAAUCUCUAAAUGCUGUUAAUGUGGCUGACCUACUAGCUAAAGCUGAAGUACUGAUAGAGAUUGCUCAGCUGUGCUCCCCACAUUUUCCUCCUUUUCCUACUCAUUCUGUGUUGUCUAUGCAAGAGAAGGAGUCAAUCCCUGAGCCAUUGCUGGAGCUACAAAAACGACUUGGGGAGCAGGAAGCUCGGCCACUACCACUUCGGAGUCUCUGCAGGGUCCAUAUCCGCCACUGUUUGCAACCCUGGCCCCUAGACAAGAAAAUUAAGGCCUUGCCUCUGCCAGACAGACUGAAGGAUUAUCUGAUGCCAGACCACAGUCUAACAUGUAGACCAGGGUGGGAUAGUUUCAAGCCCCUCUCUACACUUCACUAGAAAAGAUAUGAGACAGAGUAUGUUAUCUUAAAUACUGUCUCUUAUCCUGGCUUUUUUUUUUUUUUUUUUUUUUGCCAGAUAAGCCCGAUGCAAGUAAGUAAAUGAGAACCCAUCUUUUGUUUGUGUAGACAAGCAAAUAAACAUAGAUAGUUCUGUAUCUGUGACCGUUUUCUGUAUUUCUGUCAUUUAUUUCUAAGCACACUUAUUUGAACCACAUUUAGAUACCAAAUCAUUUUGAUAAAAGAUCAUGAUAGUGUACCUCUAUAUACAAAAAAUAAAAGAAAACUGUAUAUAUUUGAAUUAUUUCCCUUUAAGUGUAAAUUAAUCUUUCCAUCUGAUCAUUUUCUAUUUAAACAUGUCCUGAUCACAGUCCUUUUGGCAGGAGAUCAGUAGAAAUUGAGUAGAAAGUCAUACAACAUUGCAUCAUCUUCACUUGUCCCAUUGUGGGUGGGUGAAAGAAAAAAGACUAUAUAUGGGGUUGAUAAAAUAAUGUGUAACCCAAUAUCAUUCUGGUAGACAUUCACACAUAUGCCACAUUUGAGUAUAACUAAUUGUACUAAAUCAUCUGAACACAAACUAUUGUUUACAGGAUUUAUUUAAUGAUACUGUAGCAAGUGCUGCAGACUUUUUUCUACGUUAUUUUUUAUGUAGUAGCUAACUAUUGUCAUGGUGUGCUGUCAAUAUGUAUAGCUGACCAGUGCCUUAGCGUGACCUGUUGUCUUUUAACAGAUUCCAGAAAAAUUGAUAGUCAUGUAAAUAGUACAAUAUUGUCAUCCUUUGUUGGUAGAAAAUCUCAUGAAUUAUGUUUCCUUGUGAAUGUUAGAUUGUUCCCAUAUGGUAGGUCUUUUAGGUAUUGUUAAGGUAUGUCUGUGUUGUUAAAUCAGGAUGUUUUGCAUCAAACAGUUAAUAGCAUGGAAUUAUUCACAUAUUUAUAAAGACAAUGAAGUGGAUGUUGCAUUUUACUUUGUGAAACAAGUGAAAUAAAAGUGUACCUUUUA